AUGGUACAGACUGUACUGACUUCCAGCGACAAUCAAUAUCUCCUCGACCACUGCCGCUGUUCUUCAUGUCUACAUGCUCAGACCAAACAGCGCUUACGGCUUCUGUCAGAUACACACGUCUCUGCCGUCAAAGCGACCCGAACCGGACUUCAUGUCGAAUGGGCAGGGCAGGAACACAUAUCUUUCUUCCCCUACCAUUUUCUUCACAGAGCCUCUUACGACCCACCUCUGCAGCCCCGCGACCUUCAGCUACAGAAACGCAUACUCUGGAACUCGAAAAUUGCGAAUGAUCCCCCGACUGUCACAUAUACGUCACUGAUGCCGGAUCUUUCUGGAGAGGAGGUAGCUGAAAGAGGUGUCUUGGAGUGCCUCGCCAAAGUGCACGAUUUUGGAUUUUGUUUCGUAUCGGGUGUUCCGACUACGGUCCACGGUACAGUGGCACUGAUACGUCGAAUAGGUAACAUCAAGGAGACGCAUUAUGGCGGCUUCUGGGACUUUACGUCGGACAUGUCUCAUGGUGACUUGGCGUACAGCAGCGAGGCCCUUCCAGCUCACACAGAUACCACGUAUCUGAAUGACCCCGCCGGUCUGCAAAUUUUCCACCUGCUGUCUCACGAGAACGGAAGAGGGGGAACGACAUUACUCGUCGAUGCCUUUUACACCGCUUCCAUCCUUUUAGCGUUGAAUCCCACGGCAUAUUCCCACCUCUCUCAGCUACGCAUUCCUCACCACGCCUCAGGAACCCCCGGUGUUUCGCUGCGGCCAGUGAUCAGUCAGCCGACGUUCAGCCACGACGAAAGAGGUCAGUUGGCACAGGUUCGAUGGAACAACGAAGACAGGGGUAUCAUAGGUGAUGGCUGGUCGGCAGAGGAUGUCAGAGAUUGGUACAAGGCCGCGCGACAGUUUGAACAGCUAAGUAGGAGCGAGGAUGCCGAGUACUGGGCACAGCUGACACCUGGCACCGUUGUUGAAUCUGCACUGACGAUCGCGGUCAUCGACAACUGGCGAGUCAUGCACGGGAGAUCCUCAUUCACGGGCAAGAGAAGAAUGUGCGGCGCCUACGUCAGCGCUGAUGAUUGGCGAUCACGAUGGAGGUCGCUACAAAGCAGGUUUCGACCUGGUCAAUCAGACGACAUUUGGGACAUUGGAUGGUAA